CGAUUUUAUCCUAUACCUCCACGACUUUAUUCGUCCGCCCCGCUCCCCAGGACGAGACGAGACGAGACGAGUCAAAGUCAUAGUCGCACGCAUCGAACCCUGCCGCGACUUACUGAAUCAAAUCUAGGAAAUAUACUACAAGAUCAUCCUCUCGGCUAAGAAGUCAACUGAAAUACCGCUAUGGCGCGUCGUAGGGACGAGGUCCCCGAGGAGGACGACCAGGAAAUGGAAGAGGAGCUUGUCAGUCUUCAAUUCAACGAGACUUUAUCAUGGCGCGCAGGAAAGCCAAUUGCGACUGGCGAGCUUCUGCGUCGUCUAGAGAAGCUUUCGAAGGAGUUGGUUGAUCUAGACCAAGAGACCAUUGACAAAGAGUCUCUUACCCACGUCGCGAAAGAGCUAGCUUCCCCUAAUCUCCUAUCCCACAGGGAAGCUGGAGUCAAAGCCUUUGUUGCUGCAUGUCUAGUAGACAUACUGAAGCUUUGCGCUCCAGAGGCUCCUUUUACUCCAAAACAGCUAAAGGAGAUAUUUUCCCUCUUUGUCAAGACCAUCCUGCCGGCGCUUUGGGACCCGAGUAAUGCAUACAACACGCAACACAAAUAUGUCCUCACAUCUCUUGCCGAAGUCAAGAGUAUUCUUUUAAUCAACGAUGUUACAAAUGCAGAGGAAUUACUACUCCACCUAUUCUCAUCAUUUUUCGAUGGCAUUUCAGGAUCCUCCAAAGCUGCAUCGGGAGAACAAGUCGCCAAAGAUGUCGAGUUUCACAUGACAGACAUAUUGGUUACCCUGGUUGAAGAGAGCCCUUCUCUCUCGCCAGCAGUGUUAGACGUUAUAAUGGCCCAAUUCCUGCGAGCGGCACCCCCAGGAGGUCACCGGGAAAAGUCAGACGCUGGCGGGAAGCAAACGACUCUUCUACCUAAAGAGGAGCCAGAAGCAUAUGUUAUGGCCAAGACGGUGUGUAACUCGUGUCCAGAAAAAAUGGCUCGUUAUGUGGGUCAAUACUUCAGUGAGGUGAUUAUGGACGUCUCUGGAAGCAGCGGACAUGGCAACGGCCACAAAGACGAUGCCGGUUCGGACGACGAGGAUGGUACCACUGGACCAUCGGAGGCAGACUUUAGGGAACUACGGAAAGCACACCAACUUCUGCGAGAGCUGUGGCGAGCAGCGCCUACGGUAUUGCCGAACGUUAUCCCCCAGGUUGACGCUGAACUUUCCGCCGACAACAUACAACUACGAUUGCUGGCGACUGAGACAUUGGGCGACAUGAUAUCUGGUAUUGGCGCCGCAGGACCACCUCCUUCUCCAGAACUUGACCCGGCCGCAUACCCGCCUCUAAAGUUGACGGAUGAGAUUCCAGACCACCCGGCCACUAGCAUUCUUACCACACCGAUAUCACCCCUAUCAUUCGCACAAACACACUCGCAAGCAUUCCACAAUUUCAUUAGCAGAAAGAACGACAAAUCGCCAUUGAUUCGGGCGGCGUGGACAACAGCGGUCGGCUAUAUUGUCUCAACUUCCGCUGGCAAUAUAGGUCUCAGUCGCGAAGAUGAAUCGGUAUUCGUCAAUGGUCUGCGAGACAAACUGAACGAUAACGAUGAGAAAGUGAGAUUAGCUGCCGUUAAGGCAAUCGAGACCUUCAACUUCCGUGACAUUGUCACGAAGCUAGCCUCAAUAGGGGGCGUAAGUAAGGAAGGCUCAGUCCUGUUUACUCUUGCAGAUCGCUGUCGAGAUAAACGUCCGUCUAUUCGUGUCGAGGCAAUGGCUCUCUUGGGGAAGUUAUGGGCCGUAGGCAGCGGUGAAAUAGUAGCUGGGCAAGAAUCAGUCAUCUCGGCCCUGUCAGGCAUCCCUUCUCGAAUUUUCAACACAUUCUACGCGAACGACUUGGAGCUCAAUGUGUUAUUAGAACGUGUUGUAUUUGAAUGCCUCAUCCCCCUUUCUUUCCCGCCGCCCCCUAAGACUAAGGGAUCCAAAUCAUCGAACGGCGGUUCCCAAUCCCAGGCUGCCGAUCCGACUUAUGACCAAGACAGGAUUCGUGCCGAAAGAAUCUUGUUGCUGGUCAAGGACUUGGAUAGCAAUGCCAGGAAAGCAUUUCACGCGUUACAAGCACGGCAGCCACAGUUCUCAAAGGUGCUGGAGAACCUAGUCCGCCAGUGCGAUGCUUUCAACGGAGGAAACCCAGAGGGCAAUGCGGAUAUGAUCAACAAGAAUCUGAAGAGGACAAUUCAGUAUCUGGCCCAGUUCCUUCCCGACGCAGUCAAAGUUGAGGCGGAUCUGCAUAACUUUGCCAAUUGGCAUGACCGCCGCUGCUACCAAUUGAUCAAAUUCGCUGUCUCCACGGAGAGUGACUUCAAGACCAUGCACAGGGCUGUAAAAGAGUUCGUGAAGAGGAUCCAGGGCUCACCCAAGCCUCAUAUGCUGGAAACCCUAUUGCCCUUGAUAUAUCGUUCCGCCUACAUUAUGCUUAACAGAAGCCACCUCUCCACCUACAUGGAUUGCUCUAAGAGCGAUAGGGACGGGCUCGGCGCUGCGGCCCAGGAGAUCACAAACGAGAUUUCCCAGCACAACCCGGAUCUUUUCAAGACACACGUUGGACAACUCUGCAAGGAUCUGGUAGACGGCGCGCCAAAUGCUGAUAAGACGAACGAGACAGCUAUGGUGGAGACCCUCAAAGCCUGUUCCUCGUAUUCGAAGAAGUAUCCUGACGAGCUUCCCAAUGACCGAAAGUUCACCCAAGCAUUGAUGAGCUACGCUUUGCAUGGAGAACCGGCUAAAGCUGCUAAAUACGCCGUAGGUAUUAUGAUGGCCAGGAAAGACGAUAAGAGUAUGGUAUCGGCAACGGACCUUCUACAAAGGAUUAUGAAGAACUGGGGAUACGACUCGCCCCAUUUUCUCACCAAGCUUGCGGCGGUUAGCCAGCUUGAACUUUUAGCACCCAAGGUGACAGCUGACGCUAACGAUCAAAUCAUCGACACAGUCCUUGAGGAAGUCCUACUCAAAGUUCGCGCAGAUGCUAAGGACUCAGAUCCUGAGUGGGUUGCCGAUGCCGAGCUUGACGAAGAAGGUCAAGUUAAGUGUUGGGCACUUAAAUUGUUAGUCAAUCGCCUUCGGGGUACCAAGGACCAAGAAGAGGCCAAGGAACUCGCGAAACCGGUCUUCAAACUCCUUCGAACUCUACUCAAGCAAUCCGGUGAAAUGUGUAAGGUCAAGGAUACCCCUAAACACCACAAGGCCCGUUUGCGACUCCUUGCUGGUCAGCUCUUCUUGAAACUAUGCACUCUGAAGCAUUUCGAGGAGAUAUUCUCCCAUACCGACUUCAACCAAUUGGCUUUCUUGACACAAGACCCAAGCGCCAUGGUUCGUCGUCUCUUUGUCGAGAAACUUCAGAAGUAUCUCGUUCAAAAUAAACUGCGACCUCGGUUUUACACGAUGAUAUUCUUGACGGCAUUCGAGCCAGACACUAGUUUCAAGAAUCAGAUCGAAACGUGGAUACGAUCUAGGGCUCGUUUCUUCCGAGAUGCCAAGCAAGGUGUUAUGGAGUCAACGAUGGGCAGGCUAAUCUCACUGUUGGCACAUCACCCAGAUUACAGCACAGAGGUGGACGACUUGAUAGAUCAUGCUAGAUAUCUGCUAUACUAUGUUAGCAAUAUUGCUACCGAAGCUAACUUCGGCAUGAUCUACAAGUAUGCUGAACGAGUGAAGCAAACGAGAGACGGCAUCACCCCAGCAGAGAGUGAAAGACUCUACGUAAUCAGCGAUCUCGCUCAGAGCAUCUUGAGAAAGUGGCAAGACAAGAAGAACUGGAUCUUUCAGGCAUAUUCUGGCAAGGUUGGUUUGCCUAUAGGUUUGUACACGGCACUUCCGAGUCACAAUCUGGCCCAAGAAAUUGCCGAGAAGCAAUACCUUCCAGAAGGCCUUGAUGAAAUGCUCGACGAUCUGAUGAGGUCGAUUGACAAGAAAAAGAAACGUAAGGGGGUAGAUGAACGCGCUGAAGGGCAGCCUGCGCAAAAAAGGACAAAGACAACGGUCCCUAAAGCCACCCCAAAAGCGAGAUCAGCACCAAAGGUUGCCAAAGGCCCUUCGAAGAAAGCUGCCGUAAAAUCCGCCAAGGCUGCUUCUAGAUCAAAGAAAGCUACUUCAUCGUCUCCCGCCGUAGAUUCCGCAGACCGUAGGCGUAGUGGCCGUUCUAGGAAAAGCUCCACGUAUAUUGAGCGAGACUCUUCGGAAGACGACGAGGACAUGCUGGAGGGGGUAGCAGCAUGGGAGUAUUAUGAUGAAAAGGGGAACCCCAUGCAGGAAGAUCAAGAUUCCUCGGAUUUGUCGGAUCUUGAAGAGGCCCCCGAAGCUGCAAAGGAAGGAGAGGCGGAAGAGGAGGAGGCGGAAGAGGGCGGCGAAGUAGAAGCACAAGAAAGUGAGCUCAGUGACGUUGAAGAUAGCCCGGAAGAGGAGGCCCCUCCGCCAUCCCCGCCGAAAGCAAAUGGACGAAGAGGUCGCGCAGCUGCUUCUCCUGUUGCAAAGACAAAGGCUCUGGCUUCGAGACCUGCGGUCAAGGCGAGCGCGGCCAAGGGCAAGUCAUCGCCCGCUGCCAGUAAGGCGAAAGCAAAACCAAUUCCGACGACGAGGGCCGUCAGCACCCGAGCUACGCGAUCUAGAAAAGCAGUAGCACAGGAUGAAGACGAUCAUGAGGACUCGGAAUAGGUUGCAGAAAGCAUAGGUCUGUCUAUAAGACAGUAAGGCCAUGGUUCACAUAACCAUGGCAAGAUCUUGACGGAUGAAUGCGAACGCGGAAAGAAGGUUAUAUCAGGAUACAGGAGAGAAGGGAUACUA